AUGUUCGGCUCCAGCCGGGGCGGCGUCCGCGGCGGGCAAGACCAGUUCAACUGGGAGGACGUGAAAACCGACAAGCAACGGGAAAACUACCUGGGUAACUCGUUAAUGGCCCCGGUGGGCCGGUGGCAGAAGGGCCGGGACCUCACCUGGUACGCCAAGGACCGCGUGGGCCCAGUGGGACUGAGCCGGGAGGAGGAGUUGGCGGCGGUGCGGCAGGCAGAGCAGGAGGCUCUCAUGGCAGCCCUAGGUUACAAGAACGUGAAGAAACAACCCACAGGCCUGAGCAAGGAGGAUUUUGUCGAGGUUUGUAAGCGGGAAGGCACUGAUCCGGAGGACAAGGGUGUGGAUCGGCUUCUGGGCCUGGGGAGCUCCAGUGGCUCCGCGGGCCGAGUGGUGCUGUCCAGGGAAGACAAGGAGGCUGCCAAGCUGGGGCUGUCGGUGUUCACACACCACCGAGUGGAGAGCAGUGGGGCAAGGACCUCCCCAGCCUCAGCCAGAAAGAAGCUUCACUCUGACGAGAAGGCAGAGCUGUGCUCUGAGAGCCACAAGAAAAGCAAGAAAGAGAAGAAGAAAAGGAAAAAGAAGAAGCACAAGAAAGAGAAGAAGAAAGAAAAGCACCACAAGACAGAGGUGGCUGCUGCUUCUGGGUCCUCACCUCCCACUGGGCAUGGACACCACCGGCAUGACUCCAGUUCCUUAGCCAGCAAUCACUCUUCCCCCUUCUGCAAGAGAAGAAAUUAUGGACACGGAGUAUGCAGCAGGAGGAGCCCCAAGUCCUGGAGACGGCAUGACACAGACUCUGACGACUGA